AUGGCCAGGCCGGAACAGGUUCUGCUCUUGGAGCCGCAGCACGACAUGAAAUUCAGAGGUCCCUUUUCAGACGUGGUCACCACAAACCUCAAGCUCUCCAACCCCACAGACAGGAAUGUGUGCUUUAAGGUGAAAACAACAGCGCCACGCCGGUACUGCGUGCGGCCCAACAGCGGGAUUAUUGAUGCAGGAACCUCCAUCAAUGUCUCAGUUAUGCUACAGCCCUUUGACUACGACCCAAACGAGAAGAGCAAACACAAGUUCAUGGUGCAGUCCAUGCUAGCGCCACCGGACAUGACCGACAUGGAGGGAGUGUGGAAGGAGGCCAAACCGGAGGAGCUGAUGGACUCGAAGCUCCGGUGUGUUUUUGAGCUGCCCGCAGAGAAUGAGAAAACGCAUGACUUGGACAACAAGAUCACGUCUAGUUUGCUGAAGUCAGAGUCCUCUACGAUGCCAACGAAGCUGAGCUCCACUCUGGAUGACGGAGAGGUGAAGAAGAUCAUGGAGGAGUGCAAGAGGCUGCAGAUGGAGGCACAGCGACUACGAGAAGAAAACAAACAGAUCCGGGAAGAUGAUGGCCUACGAAUGAGGAAGAGCAACAUGAUGUCCCAGCAUGCAUCAGUGGGAAUGAAGCGGGAGGAGGGUCUCAGCGCUCGCACCAUCGCCCUCAUCGUGCUGUUUUUCGUGCUCGGCGUCAUCGUCGGCAAACUGGUCUUGUAG